UCUAGCGUUCAUUCACUACGAUGCGCGCCUAGCUGGAGGAGGCUCUCCGUGCCCGGUCCCCCCUCUGCAAGCCCCAAACUUUCUAAUGAAACCCCCACACGCUUUUUGACGAAUAUUAUUGCUCUGUAGCGGGACAAGAAGGCUUUCCGACUAAUUAAUCAGCAUUUUUUAUAUUGAGAAGAAAACUCCAGAACAUGGAUCCCAGUAUCACAGAAGGGGGAGCUGAGGAGAAGCUCAUUAAAAGUCCUCCGCCCAAGGUGAUACUCAAACAUGGCGUGGAGCUGGAGGAAGAGCAGGAGGAGCUGGCCGAGCACCGGCCCCUGGAGCAGGAGGACCUGAACUUCGAAAGGUGGAAGCGCAGGCCGAUUCCCAAACGGACGCUCCACCAGAAGAUAGCCGACCUCAAGACGUACUUGUGGAAUGCAGAGACCAACGAAUUCAUGGGUCGCUCCGGCAAGAGCUGGAGUCUCAUCCUCCUGUUCUAUGCUGCACUUUACGCAUUUCUGGCGGCCAUGUUUGGCGGCUGUAUGUUUUGCCUCAUGUGGUCCAUCAGUCCCUAUCAUCCCACCUUCAAUGACAGAGUGAUGCCACCAGGUCUGACGAUGGCCCCACACCUAGAAGGCCACGACAUCGCUUUCAAUGCGUCGGACCGCAAAUCCUGGAAGAAGUACGCCCGGUCCAUUGAUGAAUAUCUAAGACCGUACAAUGACGCUGCUCAGGACAGGAAGAAUAUUCGGUGCACACACAACUCGUACUUCAUGCAGGACGACCUGGAGGAGAGCGCGGAGCGGAAAGCGUGUCAGUUCAAGAGGUCCUGGUUGGGGGAGUGUUCAGGGAUGCAGGACCCCCACUAUGGCUAUUCUCAGGGAAGGCCAUGCAUCCUGCUCCGCAUGAACCGGAUUCUUGGUUACCUACCUGGACAGGGUAAACCAAUAGAUAUCACUUGUGGUGUUAAGAAAGGACCUCAAGACGCCAUAGGAGAUAUUCAGUUUUUCCCUAAAAACCUUUUUGACCUGAAGUACUACCCUUACUACGGGAAGCUCAGACAUGUGAACUACUCCUCGCCGGUGGUGGCUGUUCGUUUCACAGGAGUGCAGCAGGACGCCCACAUCCACGUGCAAUGUAAACUGAACGGGAAGGGAAUCAUUAACGAUUCGCCCACCGACCGCUACCUGGGCAGCGUGACCUUCACCCUGGAGGUCGGAGCGUGAGGCAAAGACAUUGCGAAGCUCCUGUGAUGGAGGCAGGAGAACAUGCACAAGAGAAGAAAUAUUUUAAACCCUUUUUUUCUUGAAUUAUUUCCUCAUCUUUCUCUUAAAUACCCAUGUCUUCUGCUGUGAAACAAAUAAGGAACUAGAUUUAUACAUUUUUAUUUUGCAUCUGUUGUGUCUUGAACCUAAAGCAGGGUGUUGGCACCCACAACAGACAGUGCUGUGCACCGGACAGCUGCAUAGUGGGAAUUACAAUUCAGCUCCUCGUAUUUUAUAAUGAUUAGCAAAAUUAAUCAAAACUAAAUUAAACUCUGCCCAAUUAGUUAGCGUUUCUGGCUAUGCAAAUCCAAUUCUGACUUAAAGCAUUACUAGGAAAUUAGAAAAUGUCGGCAGGUUAGUUGGUUUUUCUUGCACAUUUUUUUUGUAAUGGUGAUAAGGUACUAAUUUGUUUUGAAUUAUAUUGUUCAAUUAAGUUGUAAGAAUUCAAAGAACUAUCAUGUAAGCGCUGAAAAGAAGACUUGUGUUGUACUUAUACAGAGAAAAUGACAUAAUAAAUGCAAAUACAUGAUUACUAUAUUUUUUUGUUGAAUAGAGCAGUAUUUUAAAUUUA